AAGCCACAGGAAUCACAUGACAGUUUGGCGAACAGAUGCCCUACACACACUAGAGGAAUAGAGCAUUCAACAAGAGAAAUGAGAGACUUAUAUUGUUUAGUUCUUUGGAUAUUUUCCAACACGAUAUGGACUGUAACUUUUUCUACAGGUCCGAGUUGGUUUUGUCAUCAGGUUCCAGAAAAUUGUAUGAAAAAUAGUUCACUUCCACUUCCACUGUGUAUAGAACAGGGCAUGAGACAAUGCACCCAACCAAAAUCGCGACUAAUAGGCCAAAGUCCAGACUAUUUCUUUAAAAGAAUAGACUCCUCAAAGGCAACAUUUGAUACAGAAAAAGGAUAUAUAAUCAACAUCUCCGACGAAGCAUUACAAAGGAGCAGAAGUAAACAGGAGGGAGACGAGGAUUCAGUGAAUUUGAUUGUGUCUCUUCUCAAUAAGACCAUCUUCAUGGCGAGCAGCAGUUCACACAUCGAGAAGGGAUAUAAGACAGACCCAGUAUUGCAUGGACGAAACGUGUUGGGGAUUUGGCUUGGUAAGAAUGAAGUUCACAACCUUUCUCAGCCUGUUCAGCUCAGAUUCAGGAAUAGCAGCGAGAAUGAAAGUGGACUCUGUGUGUACUGGCAUCUCGAUGAAAAUGGCAGAGGUAACUGGAGAACAGACGGUUGUGAGACCAGCAUCGACAACGGAGACUUUGUGUGCAGUUGUAAUCAUCUGAGCUUCUUUGCAGUGCUCAUUAGUCCUCAAAUUCCUGAAGCAUCUCAUAUAAUCCAUCUCAACUACAUUUCAUACGUUGGCUCAGCCCUUUCAAUAGCAUUUACAGCCCUUAUGAUUGUGAUGUUUCUGUGUCAACGGAAGAAGAAAUGUGAGCAUUCAGUCUUCAUUCAUGUUCAGCUCUCGUGUUCCUUAUUCUUGCUGCACAUCUCGUUCUUGUGCAGCGUGUGGUUUUCGGGUGAAGGAGACACUGGCUCAGUGUGUCAGGCUCUAGGACUUCUCCUACACUGGUGUCUUUUAGCCACUUUCACGUGGACAGCCAUUGAGGGCUUCAACCUGUACCUGCUGCUGGUGCGGGUCUUCAACAUCUACAUCAAGAGAUACAUGCUUAAACUAAGUCUUGUGGGAUGGGGUGUUCCUACGUUUACAGUGAUGAUAUGCGGUGUGACUAAAGCGUAUGGAAAAUACUCCUUUCACACGGAUAAAGAAAACUCGACAGCCACAUCUCUAUGCUGGGUGACCACACCGACAGUGAGCUACAUUACAGUGAACGGUUAUCUGGGACUGGUGUUGCUCUUCAACAUGGCCAUGCUGGCGGUGGUGCUGGGUAAGAUGCGCAAGUUGAGAUCACAGGCUCUUCAGGUUAAAGACCAGAGGAGGGCAUGGAAAGACUGGGUGUCUCUACUGGGACUCUGCUGUGUUCUGGGAGUGCCGUGGGGUAUGGCCUUCUUCACACACGGCCCAUUGAGUCUCACUUCGCUCUAUGUGUUCACCGUUCUUAACGGUUUCCAGGGCAUCUUUAUUUUCAUCUGGUUUUUGACUCUAACGUGUCAAACACGGAAAGAGGAACACAUCUCGUCUAAAGGCACCAUUCAGGUCAGCUUCCAGAGCAAUGAAGAAUAUGUGACGACAAGAUAGCCAACGGCCUUCUGGAGACCCUCUAUGAUCAAAACUUCAUGUUUUUCUUUUGUGUUCAUAUUUGACUCAUUUAGAUCUUUGUGAUUUUUAACCCGGGGUCUGCAGAGCCUCGGAUGACUGUAAGGGGGCGCUAUGGGAAGUCUGCAUAUAGAUUUAAUGGGGGGAGAGGGGGGUAUUUAUUUCUAAAUGUUGAUAUAUCCUUUUUUUAAUUAAAUUCCAGAAUAGUUUUUUUUUUUUUCGUUGUCAUUGUCACUUCUGGCUCACUCUAUAUUCAUUGUGAAUUCAAUGAUAAUUAUAUUCAUAUAUUCAUUCAAUGCAAAUAAAUAAAUCUCAAACAUUCUAACUUUACAAUGAAACUGAACUGAACAACAGCCGUAAUGCAUUAUUUUCCUAUCACAGUAAAGCUGCUUUGAAACUGUCUGUAUUAUAUAAAGUUCUAUAUAAAUAAAAGUG